AUGCCUCAAGCUCAGCCGGAAUUGAAAAAGUACAUGGAGAAGCGGGUCUUCUGCCAGUUGAACGGCAACCGCAAAGUGAUCGGUAUCCUCCGCGGCUACGAUGUGUUCAUGAACAUUGUCCUCGACGAGGCCUUCGAGGAGAAGGACGGUGGUGAGAAGGUCGCCAUUGGCAUGAUUGUCAUCCGCGGUAACUCGGUCGUCAUGCUUGAGGCCCUUGAACGGAUAAACGACAAAUAA